AUGAUAGUCUUCAUUUUCCUUGCUAUGGUGCUAUGCUUGGAAAAUGAAUCCACUUCCCAAACCAUUGAUUGCACAUAUUUAAGAGAGCAAUGCCUAAGUGAUACAAAUGGAUGUAAACUUGCAUGGAGAAAGAUGGAAGAUUCAUGUAAUGUUUCAGACCCAGGUAACCCCUGCAAGAUGAAGGAUUCAUCAAACUGUAACCUGAGCAUCCAGUCCUUGGUGGAAAACAAUUUCCAGUUUGAAGAUUGUCUCUGCACUGGUAACCUCCAUUGCACUAUUAACAAAUUGCUUGGGAAAAAAUGCAUCAAUGAAUCAGAUAACAUGAAAGAGGAUAAUCAAUCCAAGUGGAAUCUGACCACUCUUCCCUAUAAUGGAAUCAAAGGGAUCCAGUCCUGUUUGGAAGUGGCAGAGGCGUGCGUAGGGGAUGUGGUCUGUAACGCACAGUUGGCCCCUUACCUUAAAGCUUGCUCAGCAAAUGGAAAUCUAUGUGAUGUGAAACACUGCCAAGCAGCCAUACGGUUCUUCUAUCAAAGUAUGCCUUUUAACAUUGCCCAGAUGUUGGCUUUUUGUGACUGUGCUCCAUCUGAUAUACCUUGUCAGCAGUCCAAAGAAGCUCUUCACAGCAAGCCAUGUGCCGUGAACAUAGUUCCACCCCCUACUUGCCUCAAUGUAAUUCACAGCUGCCGAAAUGAUGAAUUAUGCAGGAGGCGCUAUAGAACAUUUCAGUGGAAAUGCUGGCAGCAAGUGACUAGAAAGUGCCAUGAAGAUGAGUUUUGCAUCAGUACCUUAAGCAAGCAGGAUCUCACUUGCUCAGGGAGUGAUGACUGCAAAGCAGCUUACAUUGGGAUCUUGGGGACAGUCCUUCAAGCGCAGUGCACCUGUAGGACCAUCACACAAAGUGAAGAAUCUUUGUAUUACCCGACCCUGUCUAAUGUCAAAGGCAUUGCAUUGCAUAAAAGAAAACAUGCGAAGGAAAUAACUCUAAGUGGAUUUCAUUCCCCCUUCAAUGGAGAAGUAAUCUAUGCUGUCAUGUGCAUGACAGUCACCUGUGGAAUCCUUCUCCUGGUUAUGCUUAAACUGAGAACUUCCAGAAUAUCAAGUCAAACAAGAGAUCAUUCACCAGUCCAAAUACUGGAGGAAUUAUGA